AUGCUCCCCCAUCCUUCAUCACUCCGUUCCGUCCUUUCCUUGCGAUGUCUGUUCAACGGGUAUGGCCCGCGUCUCCGGCCGUCCAGAGAACAGACUAUCCUACCAAGAGCCGUACGGCGCUCCUCACAACCACGUUCCGAGUGCCACUGCCGGCCAGAAACUACCCUUGUAGAAUACUUCGUCAGAAUGACACUCUGACGGCUUUUCCAGCCAAUCAGAGGAGGGUAACAUCGCGCGCGAUUGACGGUCGGGAUUGGUCGAGAAAUAGCGUUCGGGGUGGCGGAGGUGAGAGGAAGAGCCCGCCGUUCGGAAGGGAAAGAGGGGAAGGGGAACGUACCGGUACGGAGGGGCGGAAUGCGGUAGGGGAGGGGCGAAGAGGGACACUGUGGGAGAGGGGAGGAAGGGACAGAGACGAUUUGCCAGGGAGUGCGGUGUGGUGCAGAGAGGCAGGAGAGGGAAGGGAAGCGGUAGAGAGGAGACAGUUGGGCGGGGGACGAGGGGCCGAAAGUCGGCCGAAAGGCAGCAGUGGCAUCGGUCGAAAGCCUUCCGGUGUGAAUGCGUGGGUGGCUUCUUCGUGGGAGAGCAGAGGAAAUGGCGAAUCUAGAUCAGAUGCAGCUGAGGGAAGAGAUAAGGGAGGGGGGCAGAGGGGGGGGAGCAGUAGAGUGGACACGUGGGUGGCACCAUCGUGGGAAAGGAAAGGGAGCAGAACGGAGGAUGCGCCGGGGAGGGGGGCAGAACGGGGAAGAGAAUCAAGCGGGGGGCUGGGGGGAAGGAGCGGGAGAGGUUGGGGGGAGAGGGCGAAGAUCCUGAGGAGGGAGGAGGAGGAAGCGGAGAGAGGGAGGCAGGAAGGGGUCGUUUAAAUGAGCAGUAUCCCUGGCAGGAUCCGCGAGUCAGUGAAUCAUUAUUUGAAUCGUCAGGUGAAUCGUCAGGUGAAUCGUCAGGUGAAACAUCACGUGAAGAAUUGCCGUCUGGUGACCAAUCAGCGUCCACAGCGGUGCAAGUGCUGGCAACAACAGGCGAGCUAACAGCAGCAACCGCAGCAGCAGAAGAAGAAGCAGCAGCAGAUGUGGCUUUAAGUACUUCUGCAGCAAGGGACAGCAUGCGGACAGGGGGGACUGCUGGUCACCCAGACGCUCAGCAAGGGAAAGCCUGGGCUAUUGCACAAACCACUGCAGCCCAUCCCAAAAAGUCUACUCCAAUCAGUCAGAAAGUGCAGGGUCUGGGCCUGCAUGGUGGUGGGUUGGCAUUGAGCCACGGUGGGCUGGCAGGGCCUUCAAGCAGCCAGGAGCAGUGGCCGUGGGAGGAAGGCGGGGCAGAGGACAGAGGAAGAGAGGGGGUAGGUACCUGGGGAGAAAGUGGAAGGGGAGGAGACGGAAAGGGAGAAGGCAGCAAGGAAGAGGGCGCAGUUGACAAGCACGAACGGAGGCCUAUAAAGGCUACGGAAGAGUUGAGGCCAUUGAGCGAGAGAGCAUUUGAUGAGAGAAGGUUGCUGAGGGGAGAAGCAGCUACGCAAGUAGUUGACUCUUGGGGAGCGCAUGGUGCUCCUGCUGUGUUUUCUGAUCGCAGUGCUGCUGCUGAUGGUGGUGUUAAGAGUGUGUCCAACGGGACGAAAGCUGUCAGCUAUGGUAGCACCAGGAGCAGCAGCAGCAGCAGGAGUUCAGAUCGUAGCGGCAGCCCAAGUCGCACACUGGAGUCUUCUAAGCGUCCAAUGCUGAAGUUCUCUGACAACGGCAUCCCUGACUUGCCGCCUCCAAGCAGCAGCAGCCUGGAAGUUUCCCGAGACAGCCCUGUGGCCCGAGCGCUGCAGGAGAGGCGCAAGGUGGUGAAGGCAGCGCUGAUGUCAGCAUUCAUCGAGGUGAAACUGGGGAAGGUGUAUUCCAGGGAGCUGAUCCGGCACCUACCUGCCUUCAUCGACCAUCUCGUACUUCAGGCUGUUGCCCUCAAGUCAGACCGGCACUACGCCUUCCACUCCUUCCCCCACCGCGCCGCCAUCGCAGUGCACCGCUCUGCACCGCACCUGCUGGCGAAGUGGCUCAAGCAGACAGCCAAGCAGACCUUUGCACGCACUGCUGCUCUCAUCACCCUCGCCGCUGCCAUGGGGGAGGGGGGUGGGAGGGUUGAUCCUUACGCUGUCAGAACUGACAAUGCUGGAAGUGACAAUGCCAGAAGUGACAAAGCUGCUAUAAAGGGUGGUGCUGCUGCUCUUAUAGAAGGUAGUACUUGUACCGCUGCUGCUGAUUGCAGGGAGGGUGCUGCGGCGCUGGGCGUUGAGGGCGAGCGGAGCGCCGUGACUGUAUCGAGUGGGCAACAGCGCAGUGGAGUGGUGUGGGUGCGUGACUACAUUGAGUGGCUGCACCAAGCGGGGGUGAAGCAAGAUGUGGUUGGGCGCGUUGCCGUACGCAACCCCACCAUCCUCGCCACUCCUAUACAUGACCUCCAGGCUCGUGUGGACUACCUAGUGAACGAGGUUGGAGUGCAGCGAGAAUGGAUAGGAGUGGUGCUGAGUAAGGCGCCAGGCGUGCUGGUGGAUCCCUUUGACAAGCUUCUAGCGAAGGGCUGCCUGCUGCACGCUGUGAUCGAGCCCCUGGCAGCGCAGCAGAGGGAGCAGUGGGAGGAGCGGGAGAGGAGGGAGAGGAGGGAAGGGGGUGGAGCGAGGGAGAGGGAGGAGAGGGAGGAGGGGGAGGAGAGGGAGAGGGAGGGGAGGAUGGGGGAUGGGAGGGAGAGGGAAGGAGCGGAGUUGGAGAGGGAGGGGAGUGAAUGGGAAGUAGCAACAAGACCAGCAGCAGCAGCAACAGCAGCAACACCAGCAGCAACAGCAGCAGCGAAAUCUGCAGCAGGAGCAGCAGAGGAAACCCUACUAUCGUCACCAACAGCAGAAUCGCUCACCCGUUUUCUCCCCACUCUGGCUUCUCAAGACGUCCCAGCAUCUCUCCGCUUACCCGAGUCCUUUCAGCAGCACCCCUUACCGAAGAGCGUGGGGGAACUGGCCGGCACUGUGGUGUACAACCAUCCCCCUGUGAUGAGCGAAGCUGAUUUACCCAUGGAGGCGUUGCAGGCCAAGCUCGCCUUCUUCGACUCGCUCCACAUCAGUGGGACAAGCCUCGCCAAGGUCAUCGUGCGCCGCCCGCAGCUGCUGAGCAGCUCGCUGGACGCCACGUGGCAGCUGCUGAUUCGGUACCUGUCGCUGCUGGGGCUGACCAACGUGCAGAUAGGGGAGAUGGUGGUGCGCCAGCCUAGAGUGCUGCAGCUGACAGUUCAAGCCGAUGUGUCGCCCAAGGUGCGUUUUCUCCGCCUCAUUGGAGUUCCCGAGGGGGAGGUGGCUGGAGUGCUGCACCGCUACCCACCCAUCCUCACCUACAGCCUUGACAAAAAAAUAAGGCCUCUGGUUCGGUUCCUCGUCGCCGAAGCUGGAGUCCCGGACCAUGAGGUUUGGAAAGUAGUGGUGGCUAAGCCGGACCUGGUGGCGUGCCAACUGGACAGCAGGCUUCGCCUGCUACUGCGCUUCCUGCUGUCGAUGGGAAUUGUGAAGGAGGAUGUGGGGAGCAUGGUGGUUCAGUUUCCCCCUCUCCUGAAAUAUAAUCCUGCAAUCUUAAAGCCCAAGUGGCGGUACUUCUCAAGGACAAUGCGCCUGUCUGUGGACCAUCUAGUCGCUUUCCCACGUUUCUUCAGCUAUGCCUUGGACACUCGCAUUGCCCCCAGGCACCGGCUGCUGCAGCAGCAGGGGCUCUCCUUCAGCCUAAGACACAUGCUGUGCUGCUCCGAUGCGCUCUUCCUAGAGCGGGUGAAGUGGGCGCUGGAGGGGAGAGGGGAGGAGGGAAGCGGAGAGGAGAGUGAGGUGGAAGAGGAAGAGGAAGAGGGAGAGGGAGACGGAGAGGGAGAGGGAGAGGGAGAGCAGGAGGAAGCAGUUUGAGAGGAAGAGGGGUCAGGGAAGAGCAGGCACAGCGUAGAGAAGGACUUGUUGCAUGGGGCUGUACUACAGACAUAACAGUGGUGGGGCUAGAGGAUCGUUGUCCUAAACGGCUGUGUGCUGUGCAGCAUCGCGGCAAUAUUAUUUACCCCAUUCCACCACUGUUUUAAUUAUAAUGUUGGUUC